CGCAAGCAGUUGUGUCUUGCAUUUUAUCGCUCAAGUCAGUAAAAAGUGAAGCAUUUAAGAAAGGUGAAUUUCGGCAAGUGAUACAUUUACUGUUCAUCGACAGUAAUUGCUUUUGAAAUGGCUGGACGGAACAUUGAGAAGUUCCCGAUUGUGUGGAUCGGCGACCUAGUCAUAAAGAACGUGCGUAUAAAGGUGAAACUGACUUAUGUGUCUGGUGAUCUGAAAACGGCUAUAAACGCCUUGCCCAAGCUCUUUCCCUACUCUUCCAUUGUCCUGACUAUGAGGAUGAAAAGUACCAUGAGCGAGGACUUCAACUUCGAGAAGAGCGGCAAAUGUGUGUUAACCGUUCAACCAUACGGUGACACUGAUGAAGAAACGGAACAACGUGCCGCUGCUUUGUACCAUGAAGUGGUGUUGUAUCUGAGACGCAAAGGAUCGACUGGCGCUAUUGCGUUUUCCAAAGAUCCGAAGUACAGGAUGCACCUGUAUUUAAAAUCCAAGAGCUCAUCAAGCAUCCUCGCACCCUUGGCACCCGAUUGGUUCCACGUCAUUUGCGAUCGCAUGUAUCUCGUCAUGCUUGUUUCUGAGAUAGCUGACUUGCGCUCCAUUCGCAUUCCGCCGACAGAAUAAGAUCAUGUUUUGAUUCUUCAUUGUCGUGUGAAAACGUUUUGGUGCUAACAAGCCAGCAUUCUAUGGUAAUUUUGGUUGUUCAUUUCUUUCAUGAAUAUUGAGUUGUACAUUUUUUUGUAAAAUCUACAUUUUUCAUUUUGUUGCAAACAAACUUUUAUCCAUCUGUAUAUGGAUGCAUUAUGUGAUGUGUUUUUUGUUGCAAAUAAAAUU